CGCCAUUCAACCGCCAAAGCUGUGUGAAGCCGACCGCCUAAACGGAACGCGAUUUUACUAUCUCUGUGAUUAUAUUAUUUACUCUGUGAACUCAAAAUGGCAAUGUCACUGUUUGUACCUGUACUCCUUCUCGCAGCGUAUGUACAAUAUGGUGAAUCUGUACGGUGCUGGACUUGCUCCUCCGACCUGAACCCACUCUGCCAAGACCCGUUCCUGGUGGGUAAUACUAUGGACAGCGGGCUAUUUAGAUUAGAGAACUGCGAUGCCACCACGGGAGCCACAUACCCAUACCUGACCUCUUCCAAGUCUGCUUGCAAAAAACAGAAGAAAUACAUCAACGGUCUGCUGGUUGUCUCAAGAGGUUGCACCUGGAAACGUCAAGACGACUUCACGAACACCUGCCCGAGCACCUCUAAUGGCCCCAACGAGGUCACAUACUCCUGCGAAACCUGCGAAUACGACGGCUGCAACGGAGCGGCAACCGUUGGCAAAACUAUAGCCUUACUGCUCGCACCACUUGGUCUAUUGCUGUUCAAGUAGAUUAUGUAUGAUACGAGUUGUGAAGACAUUAUUUUUUUAAUUUAUACAAGUUUUAGUUGUAUUAAAUAAGAAAUCUCUUUGCAGCGUAGAUUUAUUACGUGACCUUUUUUAAUUUAAAAAUAGAACAACGACUUUUUUAUAUAUUCUAAAAUAUUGUGGGGAAUCUUUUUUGAAUGACCAAUGAAACGAGAAAUAUAAGUAGUGGAGGAACUAUAAAUUAGUACAAAUAGUUUUAAAAGCUUUAAGAUGUUAAAAACACAAUGCUGCUUUUAUAACAUAUUUUAUUACAAAGAAAAAAAAAAGAUAUUGCAUUCUUUUGUUAAUACAAAAAUAAGCAGUAAAAACUAAAUAUUUUGUCAUAAUUACAUAAAUAUUAUCUAUAUCUAUAUGUUUAGUGCAUAUAACUUCUACAUUUCUAUAUUUCAAAAUCUUGAGGAAAAUUGAGAUAAUCAUAUGAUUUCAUAAUUAAAAUUAUUUUCUUAUGUGACCAAAUUAAUUCCACGGUUAUUUUAAUUCUUAAAAGGGAUCUUCACUUAAUUAGACAUUUAUAACAAUAAAAUUUAAUUUUCAAGCCUGGUUUAAUUUUCAGCUAAUAUGGUCACUUGUAACGUAAACAUGGUAAUAAUUAAAGUAGAAAAAGUAAAAGUACAUAGCUUUUUUAAUUAUAAAAACGGAGACCUUAAGGUUUUAUGUUUAUAAUACAUCGAGUACUUUCAAUAUAAAUUAGCACCGUGAACACAGGUCAGACAUUUUCAUGUAAGUAUAGUACAAAUUCAGUUUCAGUCAUUUAAAAUGGUAUCACGUGAUUAUGUCUCCUUUUAAAAUAACGAAUAAGUGCCCACCGUAACAUUAAGUUAUUACCGUUAUACUGCACAUUUUUCUUAUAGAUAUAAAUAGUUUGUACUUUCAUUAUGAUGUAUACUUUGUUAUUUAGAUAUUAUAGAUAUACAAUGUUACCGAUUCACAAUUAUCUUUAUUGCCAAUAAUAGGUAUAAGUUUCUUUGAUUUGACGUAACUUAGAUUUUAAACAUUAUUGCCUGAUUUAGCUUUAAUAGCAAUAUUUGUUCUUAAACAAUUUAAAUUCAAAUGUGAUUAAAAUAUUAUUUUCUACAUUUUUAUAUUCAAAAUGAUUUUAUCGAACACACUUCUUUAACCGAGAAAGUUAUGCCUAACAAUAAUACCAUGGAUUAGCUUUCUGUCACAAUGUAAUCUACAAUGAAGCCUUAUUAUUGUAAUUUAGAUAAUAAAUAAAUAAGUGGAUGCAAAUAUUUUUAACUGUAAAUAUUUUCAUAAUAAGUAAAAUAUAAAAUAUGUAAUUUAAUAUAAACAUACAAAAUUCCGUAAUAACCACUGCUAGAUGUACUUACUAAUAAAUGAGCAUGAAUGGAUUUUUUUUUUAAAUAAUUUCAUGUAAUCACUAGUACUGUCUAAUUAAAAGAUAUGCCCUAAUUAAAAGUCAGAUAAAAAAAAUCACAUGAGUUAGCAUAGACCUGUUAAUAUUAUUUAAUAAAUAAGGCACUAAUGUAAUUAUCGAUAACAAAUAAAUAUUGUUUA